CUCUAUAUGUGCAACGGACAGCGCAUCAACAAGUAUGUUGUAGAGUUCCAGCAACUAGCUUCCCAAGUCCGAGGUUGGGGCGACAGAGCUUUGCGCCGUCAGUUAUAUAACAAACUUCCGGCUUGCAUCAAGGACGAAAUCAGUUGUCAAGGGAAACCCACCACACUUCCUGAAUACAAAACUCUUGCCCAGACUAUCGAUGCACGAUACUGGGAACGCAAGGGAGAAGUCUCCCACAAAUCCAAACCCUCCGCAUCCGCCCCUCCUGCCAAGCAGUCAGCUCCAACCUCCGACCGGAAAGAGUCCUCUGGCGGAAAGUCCAGAAAUGCCUUGGCUUCAUCCUCCGCCAAAACUCUGGACUUGACAUCCAAGCUCAGAAAAGAUGGUAAGCUCACCUCCGAGGAGCUCCAGAGG